GCGGCCGCGGCCGUCGCGGCGCCUGCGGAGGAGAAUCGGCUGCCGCUGGGCCGCCGAGAUGGUCGACUCCAUCCGAAGGCCGCGGGGCCUCCGUCUCCUGCGCCUCCGAAACCCGCCCCUCAACACCCUCAGUGUGGCAGUACAGCAUGGAUUAAGAGAAGAACUGAAAAAAGCUGAAAGAGACAGCAGUGUGAAAGCUAUUGUAAUUUGUGGAGCAGAUGGCAAGUUCUCGUCAGGUGCCGAUAUUUGUGGUUUUCGAACUGGAAAGGUGUCUAUAUUGGGCCUGCUAGUUGAUGAGUUACAAAAAAUGGAAAAACCAGUGGUGGCUGCCAUUGAAGGCAUGGCAUUUGGAGGGAGUCUAGAGAUAUCUUUGGGCUGUCACUAUAGAAUUGCCCACGCAAAGGCUCUUGUUGGUUUCCCCGAGGUCACUAUUGGCCUUCUCCCCGGUGCAAGAGGAACCCAGCUUCUCCCCAGACUCAUUGGGGUACCAGCUGCCCUGGACAUGAUUACCUCAGGAAGACACCUUCUGGCUCCUGAAGCACUCAAGCUGGGUCUUCUAGAUCAGGUGGUGAAUUCAGACACGGUCGAGGCAGCAAUCAAGUUUGCAGAACAAAUUUCAGGUCAACCCACAGAGUCUCGUCGGAUCAUGAAUAAACAAGUUCCAGAGCUGCCCAACAUGGACUCCAUCUUCAGCGAAGCCUACCUGAAGAUGAGGAAGCAGUUCCCCGGGUGUAUUUCCAGAGAAGCCUGCGUCCGGGCGGUCCAGGCUGCCGUGCAGUAUCCCUAUCCCCUAGGGAUUGAGAAGGAGAAAGAUCUUUUUCAAUAUCUUCACACCUCGGGGCAAGCAAAAGCACUUCAGUAUCUCUUCUUUGCUCAAAGAAUCUGCAACAAGUGGUCAACUUCCUCUGGAGCAUCCUGGAAGAAUUCUUCAGCUCAACCCAUCCGGUCUGCAGCUGUAAUAGGUUUGGGAACAAUGGGCCGAGGCAUCGUGGUUUCUCUGGCGAGGGCCAAUAUCCCAGUGAUCGCUGUGGAACAGGACGAGAAACAACUGGAACUGGCUAGUAGAAUGGUAUCCUUCCUCUUGGAGCUGGAGGCUUCCAAAAUGCAGAAAAGUGGCCAGAGCUGGGCCGCCCCAAAGCCCAGGUUCACUAUGUCUCUGGAGGAGCUGGGGGAGGUGGAUUUAGUUAUCGAGGCCGUGUUUGAGGAAAUAGGCUUGAAGAAACAGGUUUUCAGCAAACUGUCAGCCAUCUGCAAGCCAGAGGCCUUCCUGUGCACCAACACGUCGGCCCUAAACAUCGACGAGAUCGCCUCCUCCACCCGGCAUCCUCAGCGGGUCAUCGGCACUCACUUCUUCUCCCCGGCCCACGUCAUGACCUUGUUAGAGGUCAUCCCCGGCCGCCGCUCGUCCCCCACGACUAUCGCCACCGUCAUGAGCCUGGCCAAAACCAUGAAGAAAGUCGGGGUUGUGGUAGGAAACUGCUUUGGAUUCGUUGGGAACCGGAUGUUGUUUCCAUAUGUCCAGCAGACCUAUUUCUUGUUGGAAGAGGGCAGUCAGCCGGAGGAGGUGGACCGGGUCCUGGAGGAGUUCGGCUUUAAGAUGGGCCCCUUCAGAGUAUCCGAUCUGGCCGGGCUCGAUAUAGGUUGGAAAUCUCGGCAGGGCCAGGGCCUGACCGGGCCCACCCUGGCUCCGGGGACCCCGGCUCGGCAACGGGGCCGCAAAAGAUAUUGCCCGAUUCCCGACAUGCUCUGUGAACAGGGGAGAUUUGGUCAGAAGACCGGCAAAGGCUGGUACCGAUACGACAGACCCAUGGGUAGGAUUCACAAGCCGGAUCCCUGGCUUUCUAAAUUCUUGUCCGAGUAUAGGAAAACCCACCACAUCGAAACCCGCCCCAUCAGCCAAGAUGAGAUCCUGGAGCGCUGCCUGUAUGCUCUCAUCAACGAAGGCUUCCGCAUCUUAGGAGAAGGGAUAGCGGCUGGCCCAGAACACGUUGAUUGCAUUUACAUCAAUGGAUUUGGGUGGCCAAAGCAUACCGGCGGCCCCAUGUUUUAUGCUUCUACGGUUGGCCUGCCCACCGUCCUGGAAAAACUGCAGAAGUAUUACAGAAGCAAUCCCGAUAUCCCCCAGCUAGAGCCCAGCCACUUUCUGAAAAAGCUGGCCUCCCAGGGAAACCCUCCUCUGCACAAAUGGAAGAGCAUGGUGGGGUUGCAGGCCAGUAAACUGUAACUUCACUCAAUCCCGCUCUUUCAAUCGCAUCUCUAGCCGGUGAAGCUGGCAGGUCGCUUCACAGCGUGAGUUGCACCUUAAAAAACCAAAACGGUUUGAAACUGAAAUCCGAAGGAAGUUGAAUCAAAAAGUGUGGCCAUUCCUUCGGCAAGAUUUUUACGUGGUGAGUCCGAUAAUGAAAAGCUUUCAAAUGGCCUGAGAAUCCUAUAUCUGUCAGGGGGGAGACUAGUCAGCUAGAGGUUUCUGAAGAUUCUGAAUUGUUUAGUAAAAUACAUUUUCCGAUCUAUGGGAAGGGAGUUUAUUAUGACAGAUAAGCCAAGUGCUUCUUGGAAAAGUAGCCCUGGGAGCUCUGGGAAUGGAAGUAAUAGUAGAGAAGCCGCAGAAAACAAAUCUACCUAAGCGGUAAAAGCCAAAAAAAGGCUCCUUUAAGCUUAGUUCUAGUAUGGAUGGAGGCAAAUCUCAUGAUAAGGAGCAGAUCACUGUUCCUCUAGUCACUGAAGAGUAGCAGGCCUCAGCUUGGUACAGCAAAGGUAAUUUUUCCUUUCCUGGAGAAAAUAGGAAAUAUUUCCUGGGGUCUUUGGAACCCAGAUGAGCCUCUAAGAGAAAUUUCAAAGUUUGAUUGGGAAAUUGGUGCUAUUUUGUCUAUCAUAAACUGUAUGUUUCUCUCAGCUGUAAUUUUUUUCAUGCUCACGCAUUAAAAAUAAAUCUUUGGAAAUGA